ACCUUUGAGAAGCCAUUUUCAUCAGAAAGUACCUAGUUGAGUCACAGGAGAGAAAAAAAGCAGAGUGCCCAGGAGGAGUUGGUAUAUUCAGUAACAUUGAGGGUCUGUCGUCACAUACCAACCCUCGAGUUGCUGUGAUAAUGUUUUCCUUCUCGACGACGUUCCAGCCACAGGUAACAAGUCAACUCAUUGGGCAACUCAUCAAUGCCCUUCAUUCCCUGAAGAAUUCAGCCAGCUCCACGGCAACAGCUUCUGUCCAGGGUCUGCAAAAAGAUGUCACACCAGAGCAGGACCCUCUGCUCACAGAGCCCGCUGUGAACCUAAGGGACCUGGGUCUGUCAGACCUGAGGGUGGGUCAGUUGGAUGAGCUGCUGAACAGGUUACUGCCCUCACUGGGCUCGGAGGACGGCCCAGCCACCUCAAGAUGGAGGACGUCCCAUGUCUCCGCAGAAUCUUUCUUGCACAACAAACAUGGGUUGUCAAACACAAAGUUGGGUGUUUUUGGAUCGCCAAUGUUCCACAGACCAAACCAGAGUCCUCUACAAGUCGUCUGUUCAGCGCUCCAAUACUGGCCUGUAAGGGUCCAGAACCGAGGCUUCAAGACUCUGAGGAAGAGCAGACGUGUGCAGUCUGGUUACGCGGGGCCGGCGGAACCAGAGGGAUACACGACAACCUUCAUGAAGGGUCUCCUCCUGAGACCAGACAAGGCUCCGGAGGCAGAGAGUCUUGACCAAGUGGUAAAGCUGAAGAACCUGCCAGGUGACCAACAAGAUGCUUUCAAGUCUGGCUUCACAGAGGGCUUCAUGAAGUCCCAGGCCUUCACUCAGAGGACACAAGACUCACUAAGGAGGACCAGGCUGAUUCUAUUGGUCCUCCUCCUCGUGGGAAUCUACGGCCUGUCAAGAACCCCGUUUCUCUCGGGUAAAGGCUCCUUUUCAGAUGCUGUGAGGUUCCGCACCACAUCAGGCCUGGACUCGCAAGUGGACCCAGUCCAGGUGAAGAGUGUGACGUUUGAGCACGUCAAGGGGGCGGAGGAGGCCAAGAACGAACUGCAGGACGUGGUCGAGUUCCUCAGGAACCCCCAGAAGUUCACUGUGCUGGGAGGGAAGCUGCCUAAAGGCAUCCUCCUGAUCGGCCCCCCAGGCACAGGGAAGACACUCCUGGCUCGGGCUGUAGCCGGGGAGGCCGACGUCCCCUUCUUCUAUGCCUCGGGAUCUGAAUUUGACGAAAUGUUUGUUGGUGUUGGAGCUAGCCGCAUCAGGAACCUCUUCAAAGAGGCAAAAGCCAAUGCACCUUGUGUUAUCUUCAUUGAUGAGCUUGACAGUGUGGGGGGAAAGCGGAUUGAGUCUCCAAUGCACCCCUACUCCAGACAGACCAUCAACCAGCUACUGGCAGAGAUGGAUGGGUUCAAACCAAAUGAAGGGGUCAUCGUUAUUGGCGCUACAAACUUUGCAGAGGCUUUGGAUAAUGCGCUGAUAAGACCGGGGAGGUUUGACAUGCAGGUGACUGUCCCUCGGCCCGACGUGAAAGGACGCACGGAGAUCCUCAACUGGUACCUUCAGAAGAUCAAAGUGGAUCCUAACGUGAACGCAGAAAUCAUUGCCAGGGGGACGGUGGGGUUCACUGGGGCGGAGCUGGAGAACCUGGUGAACCAGGCGGCCCUGAAAGCAGCGGUGGAUGGCCUGGACCUGGUCACCAUGAAGGAACUGGAGUUCUCCAAGGACAAGAUCCUCAUGGGCCCUGAGCGCAAGAGUGUGGAAAUCGAUAAGAAGAACAAGCAAAUCACAGCCUACCAUGAGUCAGGCCAUGCCAUUGUGGCGUAUUACACAAAAGAUGCCAUGCCCAUUAACAAGGCCACCAUCAUGCCCCGUGGACCCACUCUCGGCCAUGUGUCCAUGCUCCCAGAGAAUGACCAAUGGAGUGAGACACGUGCUCAGCUCCUGGCCCAGAUGGACGUCAGCAUGGGCGGCCGCGUGGCCGAGGAACUCAUCUUCGGCGACGAUUACAUCACAACCGGAGCAUCAAGUGACUUCGAUGGGGCAACUAAAAUAGCCAAGAUGAUGGUGACCAGGUUCGGAAUGAGUGACAAGCUUGGUGUCAUGACCUAUGCUGACCUGACUAAACAGAGCCCUGAGACUCAGGCUGCCAUUGAAAAGGAAGUGAGGGUCCUGCUCAAGGACUCGUAUGAGCGAGCCAAAAACCUCUUGAAGACAUACAGAGACGAGCACAAGACGCUGGCUGAGGCUCUGCUAACGUACGAAACGCUGGACGCCAAAGAGAUCAAGCUGGUCCUAGAGGGCAAGUCCCUGGACCCUAGAUGACUCUGUGGCCGAGUCAGAGACAGUUAGACAUCAGGGUUGGGUUUAAUUCCAUUUAAAUUCUAGUUAAUUCAGAAAGUAAACCUAAUUCCACAUUUUGUCCUCAAUGAAAUGCAUUGACGAGAAUUAGGAUUUCUCUAUACUUCUUGAAUUAACUGGAAUUAAAAUGGAAUUGACCCAAACCUUGUUGGACAAAUUAUAUGUAUUAUAUGAAGAUGUGUAAUGGAAUGGAGGCCUUUGUAGUAUUUUCUCUUUCUCAAUGUAAAUGACACACUGAAUUUGUGUUUUAGCCAACAAUCACAUUUUUAUUUUAUCCCUCUUGAUUUUGACACCUCAAAGACAUUAAUGUUGGGCAGGCAUUCCCAUAUGGCAGCUUGGUCAACAGAGACAAAAGCCUGUCGAUAGAUUAUUUUUAACACCCCAAACUCAAAAUGCCCCCCUUUUGUUGCCAUUUAUUUGAGAGAUAUUGUCCUCAUGCUCCCCCCCCCCCCCCCCCCCCCAACUUGCAGUCUGAGAUUGUGAGUUGGCCCCCUUUAAAAGUGUAAGUUGUUUCAAUCAAGAAAGUGCUGAAUUAGUCCUCAGCAAGAGAGGCCAAACGGAUGUAGUUUUCUCCCAGCUUCAUCGCACAAUGGUUUUUCUGUAGCAGUUUUGGGCAUGGAAGCCUCAUGCAAUUUGAUAUGUUAUCAAAGUUAUGAGGGAAAAUAAAUGGUUGCUAUUGGUCGCAGACAAUGAUGUAGUGGUGGGCAAACUGAUCGCAGUGAGUAAAGUAAAGCUCCCUAUACUUUCAAUGCAUUCUUCCGCAAAAGGUGGGUACAUGCUUGGCCAAAAUAAAAAGGUGCCUAAACUGCGUUCACCCUCCACUACACCACUAGUUGCAGAUCUUCUCCUACUAGACCUAUAGUCUUUUCUCUGAGCAGAAUAUUAGUGGUAUUAAAAACCCAUAUGUUUUGUGGUAGGUGGUAUCAUUAAAGCGACAAUCGGCAGUUGAAACGAUAACAAAGAAUCCUCCCUGCCCCUGUUUUAGUAAAAAGCUGAGGGAUGGGGCUGAAGUGUAACUGCUCCAAUUCAUAGAGCUAUAGAUGCCAGGACUGACCAUCCCAUUGUAUCAACAUUCUAGUUUAAACAAUGUUAUGAGCCUAUAGUGUUUGUUUACAUUUACUUUGGUUACAAACAUUGGAGUUAAACCCGCUUAUGUUUUGGGUUCUGAUGGGGUAUGACCAUUGAACUAAGCUCACGAGGCAUUUAGAAGCUAAAUUCUUCAAGAAUUAAUGGGUACGUAAAAUGAAUUUAAAGUCCAAAAAUCUGCAACUGCAGAUUGUCCCUUUAAAAGAAUGUAAAUACAGAAUGGCUGUAACAGUGUUCUGACCACUUUAUGACGCCUCAGUGAAUUGUGGAACUGCUAUGGUUGACUCUCUGAAUGUGAAGUAAUUCAUCUGCAUUCACUUUAUGUAGUUUUCAUUUAUUUAUGUAACCAAAGUGUGCCAGAUUUGCCCUCGUCAGCUGUUUUAGGCCCACGUGCCCUCUUCUGAGCCCAAUAUGUAAAGGAAAUAUGAAGGGGGCUGUGUACAUAUAUGUGUGUGUGUGUAAGGUAGAUAUACUUAAUCUCUUUCUCGUCAUUGGAAAUGAAUCUUGUGGAUGUUGAAUAAAAGUUAUUCUAAAAUCA